UGCGCUUCCUGCGUCCGCGUCCCGGUCCCGGAGCUGGCGGUGCGCCCUCGCCGCCGCCGCCGCCGCCGCCGCGCCGGCCCGAGACCCUCCCCCGGAGUCCCCAGCCCUGGGAUCGCAGCGCCCCGGAAGAGGCAGCCCAAGGGGUCGUGGAGCCCCCGGGCGCGGUAGUCCGACCGUGACCGAGCUGGACCCGCAGCCGCCCGGGUGAGUCUGCGCCGCCGCCCGGGUGGGUCCUUUACUCAAGAUUUUAGCAUGAAGAAUUGUUUCCCAGACUGCCCUGAGCGCCCCAGGUAACAACAGAUCUCUCGGCCACAGCCAAUCCCACGGGAUGCCUCGAACUUUCUCGAUGCCCUCCCUUGAGAGCUCAGCCGCUGUUGCCUCAGUGGGGCCCUAGGGACUUUGUUCAGCGCGUUGAGCGGGUGUUUGUUGCUCUUUGCCGCUUCUGCCCUUCUCUCUCGAUCUCCCUCCUCUGAGCCGGGCCUCGCCCUGCCCCCGCUGGCAUGAUGGCCCAGUCGAAGGCCAACGGCUCCCACUACGCGCUGACCGCCAUCGGCCUGGGGAUGCUGGUUCUCGGGGUCAUCAUGGCCAUGUGGAACCUGGUGCCCGGCUUCAGCGCCGCCGAGAAGCCCACCGCUCAGGGGAACAAGACCGAGAUCGGCAGCGGGAUCCUCAAGAGCAAGACCUUCUCGGUGGCCUACGUGCUGGUCGGGGCCGGGGUGAUGCUGCUGCUGCUCUCCAUCUGCCUGAGCAUCCGGGACAAGAGAAAGCGGCGGCAGAGCGAGGAGAUGGCCCACAUCCAACACCAGGCGGGGGCCGAGCAGCAAGCCCCGGAGGAAGACAGCCAGGAGGAGGAGGAGGAUGCCUCCUCAAGGUACUACGUCCCCAGCUACGAGGAAGUGAUGAACACAGAGUACUCAGAAGCGCGGGACCUGGACCAGAACCCGAGGAUGAGCGUCUCUCUCCCCUCCUAUGAGUCCUUGACGGGGCUUGACGAGUCGAGCCCCACAGCAGCCAGGGCCAGCACAGAGACCAGCCCGGGGAACCCGCCCGACAGGCAGAACUCCAAGUUGGCCAAACGCCUGAAGCCGCUGAAAGUCCGAAGGAUUAAAUCAGAAAAGCUUCACCUCAAAGACUUCAGGAUCAACCUCCCGGACAAAAAUGUCCCUCCUCCCUCCAUCGAGCCUUUGACUCCCCCGCCACAGUACGACGAAGUCCAGGAGAAGCCUUCGGACGCCCGGACGCCUGACUGACGGCCCCACUCGGUGUGGCCCUCCGGUGGCUCACCCUCCACACCACGGACCCCCAGGGAAGCCACUUCAGCUGCCGUUGAGAAGCAGAGGGGCCAGAUGCACAGAGAUCGAUGUGGCUGGGUGUGGGGGGUCGGGGGUCCCGGGACCAGGGGAUGACUGGCGUCCACAGAACCUCACGUAGCAGGUGCAUCUGAACGAGCUGCCGCCUCAGACCUCGGGAUGUGGACCCGUUGGCGGGGGGGAGCCGCCGAGUAGACACCUUCCCUGUGGUUCUUCCCGACUCAGAGCUGUUGGUGACAACGCUUCUCUUUCCGAUCAGGAGAGGGACCCCUAGCAGCUGGAUUAGGUCGUGAAUUUUGUUUUGCUUCCACUAGGACUGUUUUCUUUCAAAGAGAAAAUGAGUUAUGCCUUUGCUUUCCUCACCAGAGUCCUGAGCUGUGGCCAGGAAAUGUGACUCAGCCUUAUAGAAAGGACACGGGCCCGUUUCGUGAAUGAAGAGAAGAGGCUGAAUGAUUUGGGGAGGGGGAGGGGAGGAGCGAGGCACAGGUGGGGCUGUCUCGAGCCCCCGAAGCCAUCAGCUCUCUGAGGGUCCAGAGCCCGGGGAUGCAUAAGACCAGAGUCUUUCCUGGCUAACUUUCCUAGUCUCACCUGUGUAAGGGCAAAAAAGGGAAGCAUGCUGUGAAACUCUGUUCCUUCUAAAGUGCCGUGCAACUAAGCUUUUUAUAAUAAAAUAUUUUA